UAGCAUGUUUACGCGCAACAUCGUAUUUGAAAAUGGCUGACGACGUGGAGUCGAAUAGUCCGGUGGUUAUUUCAGCCAAACAACAUCCGCAAAAGGUUUUUUCUGGAGCUGGGAAGAGACGUGCAACCAACAAGAUACCAGAUGACAUUCUAAAUGAUCCUCAACUGCAAAGUGCUAUUGAUGAACUUCCAAAGAAUUAUAAUUUUGAAAUUCAUAAAAGUAUCUGGAGAAUCAGAAGCACAGGAGCUCAAAGAGUUGCUCUCCAGUUCCCUGAAGGUCUCCUUAUUUAUGCCUGUGUUAUCUCUGAUAUUAUCAAACAGUUCACUGAUGCAGAAACCCUUAUCAUGGGAGAUGUCACCUAUGGUGCAUGCUGUAUUGAUGACUUCACUGCAAAAGCUCUUGGUGCAGAUUUUAUGAUCCACUAUGGACAUAGUUGUCUUGUGCCCAUCACUGUGACUGAAGAUAUACAUAUGCUCUAUGUAUUUGUGGACAUCAAGAUUGACAAUACUCAUUUUGUUGAGACCAUCAAGUACAAUCUGCCUGCUAACUCAUGUAUUGCACUGGUUAGUACAAUACAGUUUGUAGCUGCCCUACAGGGUGUUGCAAAAGAGCUCAGAAACACAUUCAAUGUCGUCAUUCCGCAAGUGAAGCCGCUGUCACCUGGUGAAAUACUUGGUUGUACGUCCCCUAAACUUGGUGAUGAUGUUGACACCUUAAUUUACCUUGGUGAUGGGCGGUUCCAUCUGGAGUCUGCAAUGAUUGCUAAUCCGCAUAUAACUGCUUACAGGUAUGAUCCUUACAGUAAGGUAUUUUCAAAGGAACAUUAUGACCAUUUCAAAAUGAAAGAGGUACGGCAAGAUGCUAUCAAAGGUGCCAGUAAAGCACAAAUGAUUGGUAUAAUAUUAGGCACAUUGGGAAGGCAAGGAUCUCCAAAAAUUCUUCAGACUCUUGAAGAAUCAUUGCAGAAUGCUGGUAAAAAAUGCUUCACAGUACUUCUCUCUGAAAUAUAUCCAGACAAGCUGAAACUCUUCCACAAUGUAGAUGCGUGGGUGCAGAUAGCUUGUCCUCGUCUUUCUAUAGACUGGGGUUUGGCCUUUGAGAAACCAGUUUUAACGCCAUACGAGAUGUCUGUGGCUUUAGAGCAAAUAUCAUGGCAGGAUCGGUAUCCAAUGGAUUUUUAUGCUAAUGACAGUCUUGGUCCAUGGACUGUCAACAAUGAGAAGCAUCGGCCCAUUCGUCCAGUGAGAAAUCAUCCAAGAGCCCCGAUAAAGAUUCAGUGUCAAUCAGAUUGCAAAUGUAGUUCUUAAUUUAUAUUAAAAAUCUGUUUAUAUUUA